AUACCCUGCAAGUACAAAAUCCGCGCGCCAGCCGCGUCCGUGCAGAGGGGAGACGCUCGCGUUCCACCAGCUUUCUGCUGCUCCGCACAGGGACUUUUUCAUUUCUUUCGAUUUUGGGAUUUUAACGCAUUUAUUCGAUCGCAAGGGAAGCCGGUUUACCGGAGAAGCACCAUGUCAGCAACCUUCCCCGGUCUGGUCCACGACGCUGAGAUACGUCACGACGGAUCAAACAGCUACCGUCUGAUGCAGCUGGGCUGUCUGGAAUCCGUAGCUAACUCCUCGGUCGCUUAUUCCUCCUCCUCCCCGCUCACAUACCCGGCUACAGGGACAGAGUUUGCUUCCCCCUACUUCUCCACCAACCAUCAGUACACCCCUUUACACCACCAGUCCUUUCACUACGAGUUUCAGCACUCCCACCCCGCCGUGGCGCCCGACGCAUACAGCCUCAACUCGCUACACUCGGGCCAGUAUUACCAACAGAUACACCACGCGCACGGGGAGCCGGCUGACUUCAUCAACCUGCACAACGCCCGCGCGCUAAAGUCCUCUUGCUUGGACGAGCAGCGACGCGAACUGGGCUGCCUUGACGCUUACCGCCGUCAUGACCUGUCUCUGAUGACGUCACACGGCUCUCAGUAUGGUAUGCACCCCGACCAAAGGCUGCUGCCCGGAGCGGGCCUCGGCCUGCAGCCACCCGGAGCCGACGACCUUCAGGGCUCCGUGGAGGCGCAGUGCGGGCUCGUGCUCAACGGCCAAGGGGGCGUCAUCCGGAGAGGUGGGACCUGUGUGGUGAACCCCACCGAUCUGUUUUGUUCGGUACCGGGCCGCUUGUCGCUGCUCAGCUCAACCUCCAAGUACAAGGUCACCAUCGCCGAAGUGAAGCGGAGACUCUCACCGCCAGAGUGCCUCAACGCUUCCUUGCUGGGAGGGAUUCUCCGCAGAGCCAAGUCCAAGAACGGUGGCAGGUGCCUGCGGGAGAAACUUGACCGUCUGGGUCUGAACCUACCAGCAGGCCGAAGGAAAGCAGCUAACGUAACCCUCCUGACCUCUCUAGUGGAAGGUGAAGCCCUCCACUUGGCAAGGGACUUUGGGUACACCUGCGAGACAGAGUUUCCCACCAAGGCUGUAGGGGAACAUCUAGCCAGACAACACAGUGAACCUAAAGAAACCAACGCACGCAAGAAGAUGGUUCUGGCUACCAAGCAAAUCUGUAAGGAGUUUCAGGACCUGCUGAGUCAGGAUCGUUCUCCUCUUGGCUCCUCCAGACCCACCCCUAUCCUGGACCUGGAUAUCCAGAGACACCUCACCCACUUCAGUCUGAUCACCCAUGGUUUCGGCACGCCGGCUGUCUGUGCGGCUCUCAGUACCUUCCAGACUGUCCUGAGUGAGAUGCUCAACUACCUGGACAAACACUCCAACGGGAAAACCUCUGGGCUCGAGAGCGGCCAGAUCAACAGCAGCUCGGAAAAGACUCCGCUUCGGAAAACGUCCGAGCCGCAGACUAAAGAUGGAAAAACUGAAAAGACAGAGUAGCCCCUGUGCCUUUGAGCUCUGUGUGUGUUUGUGUGUGUGUCUGUGAGUGCGUGCGUGUGCCUACCUGGUUCGGAAGAGGAGAGCUGCCCAUCAACAUGGAGGCCAGCUCACAGUGACAUCGGUUUAUUUAUUCUGUCAACAGGAAGUAAACAAGGACAAUUACCAGCUGGUCAUCAGCUGGUUAGCAGUGAUGGAAGGGGGAGGAUUGCAGACACACACACACAAAUACACCCAAACAGUUUACACAACCUCCCGCCCAGUUCUGAGAGAGCACUUGAAACACAGCGAAUCAUGGCAUAUGCCAUGUAACCAGUAGCCUACCAUAACAUCCAGUGUGUUUACCAUUUGGACAGAGAGGGUGUGAAUGUAAGAUGGGGUUACUGACUGGGUUUGAUUUAUGUAAAGUGUGUGUGUGUGAUUGUGGGUUUCUGAGAGACAGAGAGAGAGAGAGAGAGAGAGAGAGAGAGAGAGAGAGAGAGAGAGAGAGAGAGAGAGAGAGAGAGAGAGAGAGAGAGAGAGAGAGAGAGAGAGAGAGAGAGAGAGAGAGAGAGAGAGAGAGCGAGCAAGUGAGAGA